GGUUGUUUUAUGCUGAACCUAAACCUCAGGGGGGGAUUUUGAUAUUUCGCCCCUAUUCGUAACUUCCAUCAAUUCUCUUUCUUCCUUCCAAGUUCACCAUCCCCAUAAAGCAAACUCCGGGCGCCGCCUAUGACAUCCGCCGUGUCCUCCACUUCUCAUUGGCUGCCACUUCCCCUCUAAUUCCGUCCCAUCUCCGCUGCAUAUGGCCCCUAAUUCAUCUCCCCCUUCGCCCUCAAGGCCGCCCUCCUCCUCGGAAACCCUAGACGCGAAUUCCGAGCCAGGCCGAGCCCAGGACCACGGUACCUCCUCCUCCGUCACAGAAUUCUCCGAUAUAUAUACAGCUUCCACUGCCUCAGAAAGUAAUAACGAUCACAAUAAGCUCCAAAACCCUAGCUCCAUGACCCGCCCCUCGGAACCUUCACUGCCUCCGCCGUCUCUCCUUCACCUUUCAUUCAAUCAAGACCAUGCCUGUUUCGCAGCUGGCACCACCUCCGAUUUCCGCAUGUUCAAUUGCGAUCCGUACAGAGAGCUUCUCCGCCGCGAAAUCAUUCCGGGCGGCGGAAUUGGUAUCGUUGCGAUGCUAUUCCGGUGUAAUAUCCUAGCUUUUGUUGGGGGCGGACCGUCGCCGGCGUAUUCCCCAAAUAAGGUUAUGCUUUGGGAUGAUUAUCAAGCGCGUUGUAUAGGAGAAUUGUCAUUCCGGACCGAUGUUAUGUCGGUUCGGCUCAGGAGGGACCGGAUUAUAGUGGUUUUGAUGCAAAAAAUAUUGGUGUACAACUUUGCAGACCUGAAACUGUUGCAUCAGAUUGAUACUGUUUUGAAUCCAAACGGGCUUUGUGAGGUUUCUCAUGUUUCGGGACCAAUGGUGUUGGCCUGCCCUGGUCUCCAAAAAGGGCAGGUGAGAGUGGAAUAUUAUGCAUCAAAGAGGAAUAGAUUUAUUGCGGCUCAUGAUUCGAGAGUAACUAGUCUUGCACUAACGAAUGAUGGCCAACUUCUUGCUACUUCCAGUAGUAAAGGGACUUUAGUGAGGGUAUUUAAUGCUAUGGAUGGAUCGUUGCUUCAAGAGGUUAGGAGAGGAGCAGAUAGAGCCGAAAUAUACAGCCUUGCCUUUUCUUCGCCUGCCCAGUGGCUAGCUGUCUCCAGUGACAAGGGAACUGUGCAUGUGUUCCGCCUGAAGGUUGAUUCCUUAUCUUUAGGAAGUGAGAGACCUCAUCGAGCGUCUGACUCCACUCCAUCAUCUCCAUCAAAUCUCUCAUUCAUAAAAGGUAAGUUAUCCUUUUUAUGUAUUUUGCAAACCAUAGUCCUGAGUUCACAGUGUUGAAAUUAAAUAAUUUUUGUGCUGGAAAGACUUUCUAUGUGUUGCCUCAUUUUCAGGUGGCCUUAACGAGUAAAUUAUGAUUUCUGUAUAUAAAUGGGUAUGAUAAAUCUAACAGUGAACCUUGAGGAUCAUUUGAAGCCGAUGCAUCAUUGUUUACAAAUAUUGCAUAUGAAUAGGUGAUGUAGCCGAUACAAUCAGUGGAGAAUUUUCAUUGUGUGACAGGCCAGUCGUUAAGGAUCAUUGUAUUUAGGUUCUAUUAUAUUCUUAAGAAAUGUUUGCCCGGUUUUCUUGUCAAAAUAUAGGAUUAUUAUCUUGCCGUUUCUACCUGCAUACCCAUGUUCAUUUGUUCUUUUGUUGUAGGAUAAGAGUAAAUUACAUGAUAUCAGUUGUACCAUUUAUAUAUCAUGAAAUUAGAUUAAUUUUGACUACUUGUUCGUCAUUAAAAUCAAAUUCCACAACUGUAGGUGUACUGUUUAUUUGUUUGGCACCUAGUGUGCUGUCAUCCUGACAAAGGAGCUAGUAUCUUAUUGAUUGAAGUAUCAUCAAAGUUUAGGAAUCUGCGCAGUAAAAUUGUCAGAACAUCGGAUUACCAUGUCAUAGUGGUUACAAAGAGUUCCAAAAUUAGCAACUGAGUAUGACAAUUCAGGAAAUGAAUCAGUUCCAUGUUUUUUUUUUCAUGCAGGAGUUCUACCAAAGUAUUUCAGUUCGGAGUGGUCAGUUGCUCAGUUUCGCCUUGUGGAAGGUUUACGGCAUAUUGUGGCUUUUGGCCACCAAAAGAACACUGUUGUCAUUCUCGGCAUGGAUGGAAGGUAUGCCACAUAAUUUGUUUUAGUCCCCCUCUGUUGUUUAUCACUGGCCUAAGUUCUUCCAGCAUCCAUAACUCAGUGUUAAUGGGGGAUUGCAAUCCCUGAUCGGGGUUGAUAGUACAUUAUGAUUUUUACAAUCCAUUCGUUAUGUUUUGUGAAAAGCUUACUGCUGUCACUGGUAGAACUCUUUUGCUGUUUAGACAAUUCCUUCUCGAAAGAGAUAGAUGGGGAAAAGGAUUGAGAAUUAAGCUAUGAAGCGGCAUUUUGAUCUGAGGUUCUGGAAACUGUGUUUGAGGGAGUUUGGAGGAGUUGAAAAAUUGCAGAAUAUUUCUUAUGUCCUCUGGAAUUAGUUUGAAGAGAAAAUGUUUAGAAAUUGUGGUCAUUAAAGAACUACGUUACUGGAAAUUACAUACUCCGUUCUAUUUAAUGGAUUCUGUGUCAUCAUAAACAGUUGGCCUAGCACUUAUCAAGCUAUAAUUUUCAUAUCUCAUUUCUCUAGCUGUAAUGUGGUGAAUGGUAUAAACCCCAGUUAGUCAGUGGCUUCUGUGCAGUUUUUUGCCGCAAUUGGGUGAUGACUGAUGAUAUUCCAGCUUGAAUUUGAUCUUAGGUCAUUUGCAGCUUGAAUUUGUCCCUUGACACUAUAGUUUGUCUUAAAAUGUGAAUAGGAUCAUCGUGGCCGUCUUAAUGAUUUUGUGAUGAUGCUUCCAAAUAUGGUAGUGUCUGUUGUGUUUGAUCAAGAGAUUGAUAUGGAGAAUUCUCUGUAAAUGCAGCUUUUAUCGAUGUGAGUUUGACCCAGUAGCAGGUGGGGAGAUGACCCAGAUAGAACACCACAAUUUCCUGAAACCAGAAGAUAGUUUCUGAAGUUUACAAGCCAAGAAGAAAUCUUUGGGCCCUUAGCCUCUCUCUUGGUUAAACCAUGGUUCCCAUUUGGGAUCAUAAUGACGAAAUCCAAGCAUGACCAAGACACUGAAUAAAUUGUAAAUAUUUGUUUAUGUGAAUCAUCCAUCCAUUGAUAUGUGACUGUGUAAGCUAAAACUCUGAAAUCUUCGUCCACGGCUGUAAAUAUUUUUAGCUUCUUAAAUAUGCAAGCUUCCCGUCAGUUGCUGACCUUUUUUCCUCUUUAUGCUUCUGUUAGUGAAUUUAUCUGAGUUGCGUGAAUUGAAGUAUAUCUAGG